AAGAGGGCGGGACGAGGCGGUGGCCGCAGCUGCAGGAACAUGCUGGAAGCCAGCGGGCGGGCAACCGAACGGUGCUGAAGGGACAGUUCCCGCGGCCGAACUUGCCCAGCGCUGUUGGGAGGGUGGGGCAGCCCUCGGAGCCGGCGGGGCGCUUGAAGGAUGGAGACCAUAUGGGUCUACCAGUUCCGCCUCAUCGUGAUCGGGGACUCCACCGUGGGCAAGUCGUGCCUCCUGCACCGUUUCACUCAGGGCCGCUUUCCCGGGCUGCGCUCCCCCGCCUGCGACCCCACCGUCGGGGUAGACUUCUUCUCCCGCCUGCUGGAGAUCGAACCUGGCAAAAGGAUCAAGCUGCAGCUCUGGGACACGGCGGGUCAGGAGCGGUUCAGAUCAAUAACUCGAUCUUAUUACCGCAACUCAGUUGGUGGAUUUUUAGUAUUUGACAUAACUAACCGACGAUCUUUUGAACAUGUGAAAGAUUGGCUAGAAGAAGCAAAAAUGCACGUACAGCCAUUUCGGAUUGUAUUUCUGCUAGUGGGACACAAAUGUGAUUUAGCUUCACAACGUCAAGUCACAAGAGAAGAAGCUGAAAAACUGUCAGCAGACUGUGGAAUGAAGUAUAUAGAAACCUCAGCAAAAGAUGCUACAAAUGUUGAGGAAUCCUUCACUAUCUUAACAAGAGACAUAUAUGAACUUAUCAAAAGGGGAGAGAUUUGUAUUCAGGAUGGCUGGGAAGGGGUUAAAAGUGGUUUUGUCCCAAAUACUGUGCAUUCUUCUGAAGAAGCAGUGAAACCCAGGAAAGAGUGCUUCUGCUGACUUCAAACAUGCCAAAGAAUAAGAACAGAUUGAAUGUCAUUUCAGGAUAAACACCAACAUUACCAGGAAAAUGACACAAUGAAAACAUUUAUUAAAAAAGUGCUAAACCCAUGUUAACACUAUUUUGUAAGGUAUUUGAUUCAGAGCAUGAUGCUUACUUGUAACACUACAAGAUUAAGUAUUUUGCUAAAAUAUCAGGCAAAGAAGGCAACUUUUUCUUGAAACUACCAAAUUACCCCGUUCUCACUUUAUUGCAUAUAGGUGAACUUAAUUUCCAAAUAUGUCAAUAUUACUGAUUUUUCUUGACAGAUUGAAAUGGGCUUUUUGUACAAAUAUAGUCUGAUUGAAAAAAUUUUAUCAAGAAUUACAUUCUCUUGAGUUAAUUUAUUAAUAUUGAAUAGUAAAGUGGAUUUAAAAAUGCACUGUUCACUUACAAAUUAAGCAAUUUCAGAGGUAUCAACUAAGACUAAAAGAGCAGUUUUUUGUUUAAGGUACCAGGUUUUUAACUAUUCUCUGAAAUAUUUGUCUUCCCUUAAUUUUGCCUGAGCAUAAGAAAAUAAGUUUUAUACUCAUUUUUGUUCUCUGAUUUAUUGCUCCUGAAAAUUUUAUGUUUUAUGAAGCUAUGUAAGUAUCCAAGCAAAAUAUUUUAUGUUUUAUGAAGCUAUGUAAGUAUCCAAGCAAAAUAUUUUAUUGCAAAUAUUUGUAAAAAUAAAAGCAAAGGACCACUUAUCAGCAAAUGUUUUGAUGUUAUAUUAUACUGUCCCUAUUUAGACAAGAAAAACAAAUGUAUUUAUAUACUGACAUUCUCACAGAAGUAAAUGAAAUUUACUCAAACUAAAUGCAAUUUACCCUGAACUAUUAUCAAAAUUAUCAAUAUAAGUAAAUAUAGAAUGUUUUUAGUAAUAGCUUUUUGUCCAAGUAAAUUUCUAAAUUUCCCCAUUUCCAAUAAAAGAAAAUUGUAGUAAAGAUUUUCCUGGACAAGGUUAGAAGUUUGAUACAUUUAGCAUUCAAAUUGUAUUUUACAUCUCAUCAGUCAAGGUAAAGAUAAAAUAAUGAGUUAAGGCUACAAAAUGACUUUUGAGUUUCUGAAUUUUUAACUUACUGGUUAAAUUUCCCUCCUGGAAAAGACAGUUUGAUGAUAAUGUCAUAUAUUUUACAACACACAUUUCUAUUCUGUUCUGUAAACCAUUCCUAUCACAAAGGGGCACCAUGAAGCUGCCUUUUUGGAAUCAUGAGGUUUUUACUGUUAAACUGUGGUAGCUUCAUUUUGUUCGAAAACCAAAAUGGUAUGGUAGGAAGAAUAUUUAAGGAGAAAUAAAAAAACCUGAGUUCUAAGCUUGCCUUUGUUGUACUGGCAUUUGUACACAAAUAAGUCACUUAACCUCUCUAAGUAUCCAUUUUCUCAUCUGUAAAAUGAGGCUAAUAACUGCAUUUAUGGGAUUAUUUUGAGAAUCAAUUGAACCAUGUGAAAAAGCUUUAUAGAUAGAGAAAGCAACAUACAAAUGUUAGAUUGGUAUCAGCUGCUCAUGGGCAUACUAUUAUAUUUACAGUGGAUAAGAAUUUGGAUUUCUCAUGUUCUUUCCCUGCAUUCCCACAUUCUGCAGAGAGAGCAGAAAAGGUGCAUGUUCUCAUGGACCCGAGGGAGUUCUUGGUUUGAUGUACACCUUAUGCCCUCCUAUCCUGGAACUCUGCUCCUCCAAAGUGCAAAUGAUGGAAAGGGAAAUCCCGGGAGACUUAAUUGAAUCAAAAUCAUGUUUAAAUCUAGAUUCUGUGCAUCUUAAAAGUAGAUAUUUAAUUAUGUUUUUAAAUACUUGUACAUGUAAGCUGCAUGUAAGUAUUUUUAAUAGCACAUACAGAGAGAAAAAUAACAUUUUUGUAUAUUUAUACUAUCAAUAUUUUCUUAAUAUCCUUAGAUUAAUUUCACUUAAGUUCAAACUAUAAUUGACCAGAUAAGAAAAUACCUGUUCCCCAAAGUGUGAAAUAAUCUAUUUUUAUUGUUAAAAUUUUGUAUCUUAUAUUACAAUUUUCCAUCAGCCCAAAAUGGCAUAAACUCAAAAACUGACUAUAUAACAGCAGUUUAAAGUAUAGUCACCUGUCCUACUUAUAAAAUUACACAGCUAAAAUACAAAAUGUGUAGUUUAGUGGACACCCUUUGUGAUGCUAAUUAAGACUAAUAUUUGGGCUAAAUGGUGUGAUGUGUUCCAAGAUUCAGAAUGGAAUUAAGAAUAGAAAAAACAAAUGACAAGGCAGGGCCUCCAAAAGUUGAUAAUUACCAAGGCCACACAUGAGCAGAAGCAAGCCUAGAACUCUGGUUCUCCUUCCACCUUGGUCAGGGUUCUUUCCAUUACCAUGCUAUGUUGGGUGUGUAUGUGUUUGUGUGUGUGGUGAAGAAAAGGGGAAAUGUGAUUUUAGCUGAAUCCACAAAAUACUAAAAUUGGGCUAAAUCAUUCUGAUAUUUUACAGGAGCUAUAUAUGAUAAAACAAUUUUAAAAUGAACAAUGACAUGAAGAUCUGAGAUACGGGGUUGCCAAACGUGUAUAAUCUUAGCCAGAUAUCUUUAUCCAGAUAUAUAUAUAUAAAAUAGCUAACCUAUUUUCUUACAUAUCAUUAUAGAGCAUAUGGGUAAUAAUGCCAAAAUAGUAAAAAUAUUUAUUCGAGGCAAACAUUUUGACUAAGUGUCUUAGAAGUCAGACAUACAUGAAUCACAUAAUUGAAAUUAUUUAAUUUAAAAUCUAUUUAGUUUAAAUUUAAGUCCAUUUAAAUUAAAAUUUUUCAAACUACUGAAUAAUGUUGCUAAUUACUAAACAUUUUAAAUAAAUAUCACUUUUAAAAAAGAAAUGAAAAGCUAUCCAGUUAUAUGAUAAACUUGUCCCUAACUGAAAUUGGUCAUUUUUUAAAGUAUAUUUUAUUGAUCAUUUUGAGUUGCAUUAACACUUUUAGUACAUGUGGUGAUGUGAUGAUUUGUUAAAUGGUAAUAAGCUUAAGCUAAAAUAAAUAACUAUGUAAUCAGAGUGCUUUUAAAUCUGGUCUUUAUAUAUAUAUAUAUAGUGGUAAACAAGAUUUCUUGAGCCUAGAAACUUGAGAGUUUACUAUAGAUUUCAAAAAGCCACAAAGAACUCCAUGAUUUUUGUGUGUAUGGCAACAAAAUCCAUCUUUAUUAUUAAGAUAACCUCACUAGUCUAUCCAACUUUACAUCAUCAAAAAAAUGAACCUAUGGAUUAAUAAAAUCAUGUUAAGAAUGUUUUCAUCAGGUUUUAUAUUGCCCCUGGUUCAAUUAAUUACAAAGCUUCCAUUGACUUCAAAAAGUGCACUAUGUUUGAAUAAUAUCCUUAGGUCUGACAGAGAGAAGAAUUUGAAAGACUAAAGGCCCAUUUCAUAAGCUAACCCAUUUGUUCUCAAGUAACUGCCUGGAGAGAUUUAGUUGGAAAUGCAAAGGAAACAUGUUGUCUUUAAGGAAAAAAAAAAAAGAUUAUAAAGGCUUUAAAUUUAGAUCCUUUAUAUUUUAACAUAGAAUACAUUCCCAACUAGAAACUAAUUCUUGGAAAUUCCACAGCUGAUAAAUAGCUAUCUCUGCUUUCUAAAUCCAAAUGUUUUCACUAAACUUUACUGAGCAGCCAAUCUUCACAUGGUCUUAAAAUAACUAACAAACUAUUCUAAACCUAAAUCUACUGCUGCAUACUUGGUAUUUUUAUAAUCUUAAUAACCAAUUAAAGUAGACAUGAGUAAUGAGCUGUGACAAUCUCUAUCAAUCAUUAACUAUCUAGUUCAUUUACUAUAAGUAAUCAUGGUAUAGAAUAAAUGAAAAGAAAAUUCUUUAAGAUUUUAAAAAGUAGUGUUCUUGAUUGUUAUCUCUCUGGGAACCUUUUUUGUGUUUUUUUUAAAUAGUGCCUCAAACAUUGUGACAUUCAGUGACUUCUAAUCGAUGUUAUUAGGUUGAAUUAGUCCUAUUAAAUUUGGGUUCCAUAUACAUGGUUUUAAUUUAUACAUUCCAUUCUAUUUCAUGGAAAAACGUGUUUUGCUACAAUUAUACCUUGUCAUUUUUUAAAAGAAUGACAGCCAAUGGAAGAAAGAUAUGGUAUAAACUUUUUAAGUAUGUUGUUACUUUUAUUUUGUAGUAUUCUUUUAUUCUAAAUAAUGAAUAAACAGAAUGAGAAUGAGAACUAUGAUUUUCAUAGGAUUGUUACAUUACCUUUCAUGGUGCUUUUUAAAACAGAAGCAACUAUUUAACUGCAAUUAAAUGCAUGUGCAUCUGUUCACAAAUGAAGUGCACAAAAGAACCAAUGAAGCAUCUGAAAUUUCUUAUGUAUUACAUAAUAUCCUAGUAAACUACAGGGUAGAACCCUAUAACCAAAUAUUAAUAUAUAUGCAGCAACAUGUAUGAAUAUUCACAUUAGAAAAGACAAAAUCUAGUAAGUUC